AGUGCGUGUCUCCACGCUCUCAACGACUCGCUCUCUCCUCCUCCUCCUUCCCCCUCCUCCUUCUUUGUUUUCUCCGUUUUUCCCAUCUACGUGUUCUGUAUUUUUUGACAUCCUCUUUCUCUCUGAAACCCUAAAUUAGGGUUUUAAUAAAAUUCGGCUUAAUGGAAUUGAAUCUCUCCAGUUCCUAAUAUGUAAUUGAAAUAUAACAAUACAUAAUGAUUGAAAAAUCCAAGAAGAACAAAAAGGGAGUAAUCAGUGAAGAAGAUGUUUCCACUCUCUUACAAAGGUAUACUGCGACGACACUCCUAGCGUUGCUGCAAGAAGUGGCUCAAUUUGAUGGAGCGAAAAUUGAUUGGAAUGCGUUAGUUAAAAAGACCAGCACUGGAAUUUCUAAUGCAAGGGAGUAUCGAAUGCUAUGGAGACAUUUAGCAUAUCGACACGUUUUACCUGAGAAAUUCGAUGAUGGAGCUCACCCUCUGGAUGAUGAUGAUAGUGAUUUAGAAUCUGAACUGGAAGCUUUUCCUAGUGUUACUAGUGAAGCCUCGACCGAGGCUGCAGCUUGUGUUAAGGUAUUAAUAGCAUCUGGUUUACCAAGUGAUUCAGCUCACCCAAACAACACAACUGUUGAGGCUCCCUUAACUAUAAACAUACCUAAUGGCCGGUCGCUUAGAGCUACAUCAGAAAAUUCGCAAUCUGAUGCGAUGCAGGGGGUGAACAUUAGAGUUCCAGUUUCUGUGCAGAAACUGUCUCUGCCUGCAGUGACACCUUGUCCUGCUUCUGAAGUAUAUGAUGCAAAUGGAUCAGGUACUGGCACAUUUCCUCCAAGAAGGAAAAGGAAACCCUGGUCAGAAGCUGAGGACAUGGAACUGAUUGCUGCUGUGCACAAAUUGGGCGAGGGGAAUUGGGCAAGCAUUGUAAGAGGUGAAUUCAAGGGUGAUAGAACUGCUUCCCAGCUGUCUCAGAGGUGGGCCAUUAUUCGGAAGCGGCAUGGGAACUUGAAUGUGGGAACCGUUUCCAGUGCCCCUCAACUCUCUGAGACACAGCGUGCAGCACGCGAUGCAGUGAAAAUGGCCCUCGAUCCUCAUCCAGCAGCCAAAAGUUUAAUUGCAAGUUCUGCUGGGACAACUUCUACCAAAACCCCCAAUAAUUGUGUGCCUCCUACCAUCACUGCAGAAGCUUCUCCUGCCCAACAUCAAUCUCAACAACGUACCAUGAUGACAAAAUCAUCUUCAAUAUGGCCAGUGGGACCUGCAGCAAAAUCUCAAGUAAUGUUGGCAAAAGCAUCAGAAAAAUCUAUUCUGAGUUCUGAUCCUGUGAGAGCUGCUGCAGUUGCUGCUGGGGCUCGCAUUGCUACCCAAUCAGAUGCUGCUUCACUGUUAAAGGCUGCUCAGGCAAAGAAUGCUGUCCAUAUCAUGCCCACAGGCAGUUCUUCAAUCAAAUCAUCCAUGACUGGUGGUAUUUCUACCCACUUAGAUGUCAAUCCCAAUACUCGAUUUAUCUCCAGUGGCAUGGCAACUGCACCAACUACCACACGUCCAGCUGCAAGUGGUCCAUGCCCUGGUUUGCCCAAAGCUACUUCACCACCCCCUCAGAUGAAAGCUUCUUCAUCAACAGCUCAGCAUGCACAAUCCACCCCUGUCACAUCAUUCAAUGCGCAAUAUGAACAGACUAAUUCUGUUUUGGCCAAAACCACUGUUCUGCCACCUCAGAUGAAACCUUCUUCAAUGACAACUCAGAAUACACAAUCCACCCCUAUCACAUCAUUGAGUACGCCAUCUGAACAAACUAAUGCUGAAAGUUCGCCAAAGCAAGGCAUUGUAACCAUUAAGGAUACAAAAGCUUUUGGGUCGCUAGAAGUGGCAAAUGGCCAAGUUCAAAAGGAUGGAGCUCAUGUCUCUGUAAAGGAACCAAGUGAGCAUGUUCAGGAAGUUAAAACAGCUUUGACAAACCAAGAAGCAGAGUUGAAAAGUCAAGUAGCUGCUUUGGAGAGUUCUAAUGGUUCACCAAAAUUGAUAAUGAAUGAAAAUGGCCUGGUAAAUGUCACUGGCAACCAGGUUCACGGAAGUCAAAAUGCAGAUGAUAACAAGAUGACUUGUUCACCUAUCAAGGAAGCUGAAAAUCAAUCUGCAGUUCAGGGGAAUGAUGAGAAUCAAAGUGUAAGUGAGAGGCAAGCAGAUUUGCCUAGCUCAGUAAGCAAUGAAUCCUGCGUAAAAGUGGAUAGUAUAAGCAGAACAGAAGCCAGCGAUGGAAUGAUGGACGGAUAGGGUCAGAGUAUUGGAUGCAAAGUAGCAGAAGACACUUUCCUUUUUCUGUUUGGUCUCUCUAUUUGUAUUUUAAACGAGAUAGAAAUUGUGUAAAUUGGUUACAGUUUUGGAAAGUAAUGACUCAGUCCGUCUUUUUCAUGAUGUAAUUCUUCA